AUGCAACUUGACGGUGAACAGCAAUCACUCCUCGAACUACCAGUAGAGCUAGAUGAUUUGUUGUUUGAAUGUAAAAGAUCGCCUAAAUUUGCGUCUCCCGGCAGCGAUGGCAUCCCUUACCAACUCCUCCGGCUGAUUCUCAAGUUCCCACCCCUCCACUCUCUCGUCACCACGGUCUACAAUGAUGCCCUCACCAAAGGCAUAUUUCCUGCGUCUUGGAACGUCUCCCUCAUGACAAUCCUCUACAAGAAAAAUGACCCUAAUGACAUGGCAAAUUAUAGACCUAUCUCCCUCUGCAACACUGACUACAAACUCUUGACACGUCUGCUUAAUCAUCGAAUGAUGGAAGUCGCUAAGCAACUGAUCAACGAGAACCAAGCGGGCUUCGUACCAGGGAGGUUCAUUGCCCAAAACGCUCUGCGGUGUCAAGUCAUAAUGGAAGAUGCUGAACGAACCAUGAACUUAGCAAAGAAGAACAAUGUGAUACACCAAAUGCCCAAAGCAAUUGGCCUUUGUCUUGAUCAGGAAAAAGCGUACGAUUGA